GUCAUAGAAGGCGGGGUGUUUUUAAAUUCGUGCGGCUUCGUUUCUCGGUGGAGACUGUUGACAUAGCUCACAUUUAACGUAUCCAUAAAGGUGACUGUCAUUGCUGAUAUUGUGUUCAUUGCAGGGACAGCAAUGUCUUCAAAAAUCCCAAGAGGUGUUCAGUUACCUGCAGAAACGAAGAAAAUGGGUCAUAAAGUUGAAUCCAGAGACACAGCAGCUGUACAUCCAACAGCAAAUACUGCUCAAAAAUCAGAUGGUAUCCUUAAACCUCAGAAAGAAAACAUGCAACGGAAAAAUGUUGCUCCUAAAGUUCACAAAGGGGUCUCCACCAGGUAUGGACAACAGGCAGAGCUCAAGGAGCAAAAUCAGCAUCUUAUGGCGACCAAUGAAGAGCUGCAGAGAAACCUCACAGAGACACAGCAAAGAGUAGCUGAGAUGGAGCUGCAGUUCAGUGACCUUGAAAAGGAAAACGCAGAGGUAAAGAAAGACCUGAAGAACUGUCACAUGCUCCUCGUCUCGGCCAAAGUAGACCCAGUUUUAGGAGAAAAGGUUGGAGAGGCUGCACAACAAAAUGAAGAUCAAAGAAGAGAAGUUAUGAGUGUCUCCACAGAUCUGCUGAAUCAAUUGAAAGCGUUUGGAGAUACUGCAUCACAGCAACGUGCUCAGCUAGAGGAAAUCCAAACAAUGAUGACAGAACUCGCUAAAGCACGGGAACAUAUGAUGCAGGAGAGGAAGGACUUUUCCCUGCAGGCUGCUGAAAUGGACCAAGCUCUCAAGGAGGCAGAAGCUCUCCUGUUGUAAAAGUGUACAGUCAGUUUCCCAAUUUAAAGUCGUGUAUUGAUGUGCAAUGUGUGUUCUUAAUGUUAGUGUGACUAAAACAGAAUAAAGGAUUUUUAUUUUC